AUGUCUUGGGGGAUUCCAAAUGGAAUGCUUAUGCUUAAGGCUUCUUGGAAACGACGAUGGAAUGUCCGUGCUCCUUAUAUGCAUAGAUGCCCAGAAGAGGGUUUUGGUAACAUGAAGCUUAGAGCGACUUUGUGCAAUUGUCUUUUCAUAAAGUUCUUAUUAAUACAUGUGAGAAGUGUGAACACCCCUUCCCUUUUUAUUCUGAUGCAGUUCGGCAGUAAGAGAAUAAUGGCAGCAUAUGCCUUUGAUGAUCACAGGGUAGAACCGUCUCGGCUUCAUCCGAUUCCGGAACCCAAAUUGGAUUCUCACCGAGCAGCAUCAGCUCAGCAGCAUGUUAGAGCCCUCAAUGCCCAGUUUGCAAGUUGGGUGCAAUAUCAGAUGCAAAACCACCCAAAUGAGCUUUGGGAAGAUGGCGUCCAAGAUUACUUAGCUCAUGCUUCACAAAUCAUGGAGACGUUCCGUGAUGUUGUUGAUUGGCUUAAAGCAAAUGCUGCAAAAGCAGAAAAUGCGUCUUUAGGCUCACCUAUCUCUGAGAAAAAGUUGGUACCUGAAGCAAAGAGCAUUGAAAUAAAACAACUUCAGGAGAAAAGUAUAUUUGGUUUAGCAGGUCCAACUUUCAAGCAAGCAAAUGCUGCAAAAGCAGAAAGUGUGUCUAUAUGGUCACAUAUCUCUGAGAAAAAGUCGUUACCGGAACCUAAGAGCAAUGAAACAAAAACACUACAGGAGAAAAGUGUAUUUGGUUUAGCAGGGGGAACUGCAAAUUUUACAAGUUCAUGGAACUCUACUGUACUAUUCAACAAUCAAUCUGGAAUACUGAACAUGCUUUUUCCCACUCUUUCAGGGUAUCAAAAUUCAGUUCCAUUAAAUUUAGCUACGGAUGAUCCAGAUGGUGAAAAUGAUAUGGAGCAGCCAAGCAGCCCAUCUGUGAAGAAGACUGAGGAGAAGGGUAUUGUUGUAGUACAUGAAGUUAAAUGCAAACUAUAUGCAAAGUCAACUGAUCCUGUUGAUAAAGAUGCCUGGAAAGAUAAAGGCAUGGGUCAGCUUUCCAUUAAAUGCCAAGAGGGUGCAAGCAAAGCUACAAAAGAAUCCAAACCUAUCAUUAUUGUUCGGAAUGAUGUUGGCAAGGUGUUGCUCAAUGCUCUAUUGUAUCCAGGCAUCAAAACAAACUUGCAGAAGAACUCUAUCAUUGCAAUAUUCCACACCUUGGAUGAGAAUGGUGGAAGCAAUGGUGGCAACGAUGCUGUUAUGGCACGUACCUACUCAAUAAGGACAAAAACAGAGGAAGAGAGGAAUAAGCUGGCAGCAGCAAUUCAAGAAUAUGCUCCAGCAUCUUGAAAUCAAUAAAGUGGCAUCGUCAAAAUUUCAGCUAUGAGAAAUGCUAUGAUUUAUUCCUUGGUAAAUCCUUGUUUCUUUUCUUGCCAAUUUUGUAAGGGGGUAGCUUGUUGCAAACUGAGCAUCUAUCCUAGAGCCCCAAAGUGGGGUAUAAUCUUUGUAAGUGAAUCAUGGUGCAUAUACGAGGCUGCUGUACUUGUAAUAUAAUAGAGGGAAUGAAGGUAGAUGAGAAUGUACAAUUCCAAAACCAAUUUUAGAAUGAUCUAUGAAUUUGCUUU